GGGGGCGUUCGAGGGUGUCACGGGAGGAGGAUACAGCACUAAACUGACACUUGACAGAAAUGUCUCUCACGGUGGAAAUACGGCUGAAGAGGCCAAGCCGGAUAUACCACGAGGGUGAUAAUGUCAGUGGACUCUUAGUCCUUGACAGUAAAUCAGAGGUUCGGCAUGAUGGCAUUACCCUGACAAUGGAAGGUGUAAUAAGCCUGCAACUGUCCCCAAAAAGUGCAGGUUUAAUCGAGUCUAUUGUCAAUUCAUCCAAGCCAAUCAGUAUUAUAAAUAAUGUAGUAGAGGUGGCAAAGUCAGGCAAAAUCCCAUCUGGCCAGACAGAAAUACCCUUUGAGCUUCCACUAAAGGUUCGAGGUUCGAAGACUCUUUAUGAGACCUACCAUGGGGUGUACAUAACAAUACAGUACUUUUUAAGGUGUGAUAUUAAGAGGAGUCUGUUGGCAAAAGAUGUUACAAAAGCACAAGAGUUUAUCGUGGAGUACAAGCAAGGUGUAGGGGAUGUGGCUCAGCCAGGCUUGAUAAACUUCGAAAUGCGGCCUGAGACUUUGCCAAAUGUAAGAGACAGAGCCCGCAUCCCAAAAUUUCUUGUGCGAGGGCACCUAGACUCUGAAGUGUUCUCGCUUUCCAAACCACUAACUGGAGAGCUCACUGUAUGUGAAUGUGAGAGAGGAAUUAGCAGCAUUGAGCUCCAACUUGUCCGAGUAGAAACAUGUGGAUCGGCUGAGGGAAACACAAGAGAAGCAACAGAAAUUCAGAACAUCCAGAUUGGAGAAGGUGAUGUAUGUCGAGGAAUCGCCAUACCGAUUUACAUGGUCUUUCCACGAUUAUUUACUUGUGCAACAACAAUUGCCCCCAAUUUUAAAAUAGAAUUUGAACUGAACAUUGUCAUUAUAUUUGACAAUGAUCAUCUAGUUGUUGAAACUUUUCCCAUUAAACUUACACGUCACUGAGCCAUAAAGGAUCAUUUAUAUGUGGUAUGUAAGUAAUUUCAUAAUUUGAUGUUACUGAUUUUAUAAAUGAUUGGGAUACUGCUAUUCAAAAUUGAGAAGGUGGGUUCUUUUGGACUUUGCCAUGCCUGCCUGAUUAAAUGCUAAAACAUGUGCUGUGGUCCAGCUAUACCCAAGCAUAUAUAUAUUUCAUUUUCAAUUGUUUUUACAUGUUGAUUGAGGAAUUUGAGCAGUUUAAUAUACACAUUCCACUAUAGAUUGAGUCUGAGAUAUUUAUGCAGUAAUUUGGGUGAGUUUUUGAGGGACAGAAACAAAAAUCAUCUGUAUAUUUGUAAAUGUAAUUUUAUAAUUCAAAAUCAUCCCAUAUAUAUUUAUAUGUGUAAAAGUACUUUAUAUUUACUGAACUGUGUAUUCCUUUGAGCAGAAUUAGUUCCGGCUGAUUAUAAUUGAAGAAAAAAUACAUGAAUAAAUAUGAAGAAAAAUAAUUUUUGUAUUUAUGCAUGUAUUAAUUCAUUUGUGCCAUGCAGCUUUUUGUAAAAAUCAGUGAUCAUCAUAUGUACCCAUAUGAACUGUGAUAAAAUCCACUAAGAAUAAGAUAUGUUAAUCUAUGAAUUCAACUAUUUUUAAGGAAUAGAGAUGAUUAAAGUUUCUUUUUGCCAUGGAUGACAUAUUUCAAGACAGUGAGAUAUGCACCAGAAUAAAGAAAUGACAAUUGUU